AUGCCUCGCGAACUCACCCCGGUGACUGCUGCGCGGUACAUCAGGUAUCCGGCCCUUGCCGUCUGGCGCGACAUUACCGGCCGCGAGCUGUCCAAGCAAUGGAUCUUCCAGGGGACUCACCUUCCCGACGACAUUAGCGGCCUGUAUCAGUGGCUCUUGAGCAUCAGAGGCUCGACGAACAGGCAAGACGCGGCGGCGUUGGAGAACCAAAGCGCUGUGCGUGCCCUUGCGCGGGAGCUAGAGAAGGCCGGCGCAGAAGUACGAGCAAUGCGUCGCCGAGGCGCCUCUGAGCAGGAGAUGGCGCACUACAUCCUGAGCCGCUACUCUAUUCCCCAGCUCGGCAGACGCACAGGCUUUCCGUUGGCCAUGAUCCGCGCAAAUGAGCAAGCGGUCGAAGAAUACGUCGAUCCGCCGGCCCAACAGGAGAGUCAGGCUGAGAAAGGUCGUCACUCACCUGCGCACCUCGCUCCCCCUCCCCCUCCCCCUUCUGAGCCACAGCAACACGCGUCUCACCUCGCCCUCGCGCCGCCUCAGGUCUUUCAGCACCAACCGCCGCCUCCUCAGCUUCGCGCGCCCGUUCACCAUUCUCUCCAUUCUACCCCGCCGCCGGUUUACGGAGCUCCACCGAGCAGCAAUCUUCUCCCGUCAAUCUCGCACUUCGACGGCGCUCGCCACCCACCUCAGCACCACGCCCACGCACCUCAAUCCGCACUGCCGAACAGCGGUCCGUUCAAUCUUCCUCCGAUCCUGCCGCGGGAUGAACUUCAGCUUCCGCCGAUGCGUCUCCCGCCGGGCAUGGCCGAGGAGGAGGAAGAACUGCGGCGCGCUCGUUCAGGCCAGCACAGUCUCUCGAAGCAGGAGGAGGAAAGGCUCGGCUAUGGCGCCGCCUGGACCGCGAGGAAGGCGGCGAUCUACGGGAGGAGGGCGACUGGAUGGUAG